AAAAAUUACUACGAAACAAAAAAACAACAAAAUCAUUCAUUUAAAUUGCGUUUGUUAUUAAAUUGAAGCAAAUAAACUUUUUGUGAAUAAAAUUCCCUAAUUAUAAGCCAGUUCUGCAAUUAAAGAAAAUGAGUUUUAUGCCCGAUUCUGAUAGUGAAGAUGAAUUGCCGCCAGGCUGGGAAGAACAAGCCACUGAUGAGGGUUUAGUUUGCUAUGUUAACCAACAAACAAAAACGACACAAAUGACACACCCUCGCACCGGGCGCUCAAAACGUUUAAAUCGUGAAUUACCAAUUGGUUGGGAAAAGCGUUAUGACGAACAAACUAAAAAACAAGUAUUCUUUAACAAUUUAACCCAACAAACUACGAAUAUAGAUCCACGUUUGGCUUUUGCCGCCGAGGAGCCGCCCAUGAAUAUUGCCCAAGUACGACAACGUUAUGAUGGCAGCACAACUGCUUUGCAGAUUUUACAUGGCAAAGAUUUGCAUGGUCGUUUAGCGGUGGUGACGGGUGCUAAUUGUGGUAUUGGAUAUGAGACCGCACGUUCCUUGGCAUUUCAUGGCUGUGAAGUUAUAUUUGCUUGCCGUAGUCGAUCAUCAACUGAGACCGCUAUAGAAAGUAUAAUUAAGGAACGUCCUGCGUGUCGUAAUCGUUUAAAGUGGUUGGAAUUGGAUUUGGCUUCCUUCAAGUCGGUGUGCAAUUUUGUUGAGGAAGUGAAAAGCAGUGUAAAACACAUCGAUUACUUAAUCCUAAAUGCUGGUGUCUUUGCUUUACCUUAUAGCGUGACCGAAAAUGGCAUUGAAACUACAUUCCAAGUUAGUCAUUUAUCACAUUUUUAUAUAACUUUACAAUUGGAAUCGUUAUUUGAUCAUAAUACACGCAUUGUGGUGCUUUCAUCGGAGUCUCAUAGAUUUAGCAAAUUGCCAACGGACAAUUUAACCCCACAACAUUUAUCACCACCUCCGGACAAAUACUGGAGUAUGACGGCCUACAAUAAUGCUAAAUUGUGUAAUGUUUUAUUUGCGUCAAAGUUGGCUAAGCUUUGGAAGCAUCGUGGUAUAUCCGUGUUUUCAGUACACCCUGGUAAUUUAGUUUCCACAAAUAUAUCGCGUAAUUGGUGGUUCUACCGUUUACUGUUUGCCCUAGUACGACCAUUUACAAAAUCUCUGCAACAGGCUGCUGCCACUACCAUUUAUUGUGCUACUGCCAAUGAACUAACUGGCCUUACAGGGCUUUACUUUAAUAAUUGCUAUUUCUGUGAGCCCAGCAAACUUUCACAAAACGAAAUGCUACAAAACCAGCUAUGGUCUGUUACGGAAGGAAUGCUGUCCGUUUUAAAGGAAUCAUUGGCCAAUAAACUAACUGCCGGAGAGUUUUUAUAUUAAACACAAAGAAAGUUGCAAAUAUUUUAAAAAUAAUAUUCAACUGUUUGCAAUUGGAAAUGGAUUACAAAUUUUGGUGGGUUUUAGUUUAAUGGGACUUUCUUAUUAAAUUCCUAUUCGAAAGUGUUUUAUUAUUCAGAAAAAUAUGGAUUUUUGAAUUGGAAUACCUAGUAUUUAUUUACAUUACCAAAUAUAAUUGUUUUUAAGGUGAUAGUGACUUUAAUGAUGUUAAGUUUUCGAAAAUUUAAUUGCAAGUUGAUUCGGAAAAGAAGAAAACAGCAAAUAAAAUGAUAUUUUUUUUUUAAUUUUCAAACUCUAAAAUAA